UGCCGAUCAGUGCGAGAAGAAGAGCUGACUCUACUUGUGGUGUCGAAUCCGAAGGUGGUGUGAAGUUUUUUUUUGUGGGAUCUUGGGAAAAAGAAAAUUUCACCCAAGCCGAGUGAGCAAAAUCGCGAAACGAAAAUCGACGGUGAAAUUGCGAAGUGUUCCGGGUUGUGCUAGAAUUUGAAGUCGGUCGAUGCCGGACGCCUUCUAGAACAAAACUGUCCAUAAAUUAUUAGCAGAAGCGCCGGAAGAGGCGAGUUUUCUGUUUUCCAAAAGUCGUAUCAUCGGUUCGCCGCGGUGGAAUAAGAUUUUCGUUUUGCGGUAACCGCAAAAGUGAGUGACGACAGGAAAAAUCAAAGCGGGUGAAAAGAGUGUGUCGUUACCCAGUUUGGCUGGCCCGAGUCCAGAGAGCAGGAAUCCAUUCCGGAACUGGGAUCUGUUCCGCCGGGGAGAGUGCGAUAAAAUUUGCGUUUCGAUUUCUAUUACGGGUUGUGGGAUAAAAAGAAAAGGUUGCUGAAAAAAGAGUGAAGAAUAACAAGGCGACGACGACAGAGUGAAGGAACAGAGGAAAAAAAGUGGAGCUCGGCUCGGAAUACAACAACAACGACCAGCAUUCGGUUCAGCGGCCACAAGGAAGGAAGAAGAAGAAGGGGCCAUCAGCCGCCGAGUAGCGGAAGCAAAUAGCUCUCGAAUCGAGUUUCUUUUUCUUACGGCGUGCCGUCGUUUUUCUGCCGGAGCGCAAUCUCCGGGACGUUACUGUCCAUCGGAACAACAACACUUCUAGGCAGUUCCGGAGGGAGCGGUCUUUUUGUCCGGAGAGUGGUGGCAUCGAUUCGUCGCAUGCGUAAGAAGGUGAAAGAGGUGCAUUGAAUGAAAAGUCACUCCAUGAAUGUAUCAUAUUGAGAAAAUAUUGCUUAAGUAAAUGAAGCAAAUUAGUGUAAGUGCGGAGUAAGCCGAAAUUCAUCAUUCACAAUACCUUAAGGAGAAGCAAAAGUGAUAACAGUGCGCAUAGAAGAAAAAAAAAUCAUCAUUGAAGUAUUACCCAAGUGAAAUUUGCGAAAAUCAAUACCGAAAGGGUCAGAAAAUCAGGUGGAAAUCAUUUUGACAAGCAGCGAACACAAGCACAAAAGAAAAUCGAGAUAACCGCGCAUUCGUCUGGUGAAGUGUGAGUGCGUGUGUGCGUGUUCUUCUGCGGGUGUUUGUGCGACGUCUUGCGAGCAUGCAUGAGUGUGUGUAGGUUAACCCGCCCGAACAGCAGUCGUUUGUUACUGUUAGUGUCACUGCGAAACAUCAGCCAGAUAUAGUAGAAUCCGUUUCCCCUCCUAUAUCGGCCACAUCCAAAAAGCAAAAAAAUAAAAUAAAGCAACUACUACCACCAAGCAAAGCCACAACAACAACAGCAGUGUAACAAUGUCGUCCGGAACAUUCGUCGACCGAAUCGAUCCUUUCGCCAAACGUUCGCUCAAAAAGAAAGGCAAAAAAUCUCAGGGUUCAUCGCGGUACCGAAGUUCACAGGAUGUCGAACUGCAGCAGCUGCCAUCGUUGAAAGUGGACUGUUCCAGCUUAGAGCAGGAGGAACUGUUCAUCCGGAAGCUGCGGCAAUGCUGCGUUUCGUUCGACUUCAUGGACCCGCUGUCUGAUCUCAAGGGCAAGGAAAUCAAGCGGGCGGCUUUAAAUGACCUGUCGGCGUACAUCACACAUGGCCGCGGUGUGCUGACGGAAAACGUCUAUCCAGAAAUUAUCAAAAUGAUAUCUGUGAAUCUAUUCCGAACGCUCCCGCCCAGUGAAAACCCGGACUUUGAUCCGGAAGAGGACGACCCGACACUGGAGGCGUCCUGGCCCCAUCUACAGCUAGUGUACGAGGUGUUCCUACGCUUCCUAGAAUCGGCCGACUUCCAGGCGACCUUCGGCAAGAAGGUGAUCGACCAGAAGUUUGUGCUCCAGUUACUGGAACUGUUCGAUUCCGAGGACCCGAGAGAGCGUGAUUUUUUGAAAACCGUAUUGCAUCGUAUAUAUGGCAAAUUUUUAGGAUUACGUGCUUUUAUUCGUAAGCAGAUAAACAACAUAUUUCUACGUUUUAUAUACGAAACGGAGCACUUCAACGGAGUCGGUGAACUGCUCGAGAUUCUGGGAAGCAUAAUCAACGGCUUUGCCCUGCCGCUGAAAGCGGAACACAAGCAGUUCCUGGUGAAGGUGUUGCUACCGCUACACAAGGUCAAGGUGUUAUCGCUGUACCAUGCUCAGCUCGCGUACUGCGUGGUGCAGUUCCUGGAAAAGGACGCCUCGCUGACGGAACCGGUGGUGCGCGGGCUGCUCAAGUUCUGGCCAAAGACCUGCUCCCAGAAGGAGGUGAUGUUCCUCGGCGAAAUCGAGGAAAUCCUGGACGUGAUCGAACCGCCACAGUUCAUCAAAAUCCAGGAACCACUGUUCCGGCAAAUCUCCAAGUGCGUCUCAAGUCCGCACUUUCAGGUCGCCGAACGAGCGCUUUACUUCUGGAACAAUGAGUAUGCGAUGUCGCUGAUCGAGGACAACAACGCCGUCAUCAUGCCGAUUAUGUUCCCGGCCUUGUACCGGAUUAGCAAAGAGCACUGGAACCAGACGAUCGUGGCCCUCGUCUACAACGUGCUGAAAACGUUUAUGGAGAUGAACUCCAAACUGUUCGACGAACUGACGGCCAGCUACAAGGCGGAGCGACAGAAAGAGAAGAAACGAGAACGAGAACGGGAAGAGCUGUGGAAGCGGCUGCAUGAACUCGAGAGUGCCCGCCGACCAGACGGUGCUGGCGGCGUGAUAGCAGACGGACCCGGCGGUUCUUCCCUGACGGCCGGUUCCGGGUCGUCUCUAAAUCCCAACGCGUUAUCAUCCGCCACAUCCACAUCGUCGUCCUCGUCACCGUCGUCCGUUACAUCCGCUAGCAAUUUGGCCGGGGCCGGUGGAGCCUCGUCGCAACCACCGCCCCCGGGCUCGAUUACCAGUCACCAGCCUGCGUCAACCUCCGCCACGACUCCCAAUGCCGCCACCAACAAUACCGCCGCAGCGCCGCUAAGCAAGUGAUGUACUGAAUAAUAUUACUUUUAAAAUCGUCCCCUUUCCUAACCACAAUAAAAAAAACAGACAUACAUACACACAUACAGAAACACAUACCUACAUGUCCCUGGCUAUGCUCCGCCCUGCUUCACCCUAUCACAGGGUGUACGUUACUUCCUCCUACCACAGAGAAGCUCUCCAUCUCUCAACGCUCCGCCUCCUUUCUUUCAUGCGCACACCACUUCAUCCUUUUGAUCUACACUCAUCAUCACUCACACACACUCUCACACAGCACACACAAACUCGUUUUCGCCUUUCUGUUGACCGUUGGAACUGGUAACACUUAAAAAUCCCUACCGUGAAGCAAAUCAAGAUUGUUUGAUAGUUUGUAAUAAAAAAAGAAAAAUCGAGGCAAGAAAGACGGCAACACUGUGGACAAACUUUAACCAAAUUUUGAAUGAUAAAAGUGUUUGCUAUCUCUCUCUCUGGCAGGGUGCGGGAGAAAUAUUGUUCGAAUCAAUCCUUUUAUAGAACGAAACAGGCAGAAUAAAGAAAAACACAAUACGCUGGCUUAUCAACAAUGGAAUGAAUGGGAGAAUUUUAACAAUUAGCGAAUGUGGAUUAAAAUGCGGAAAUACACUGGUAACCAAAAAAAAUCACACACAAACACAGCAUAGAACUUAAUAGAUUUAGCGGAAUACAGGCUAAUGCUAACUCAAACGGAAUCAAGCAAAGUGGAAGUAAAGCAGAAAACACAAAACAAUAGAUCACUAUUCAGUCUAAGGCACGCGCGAACGCGGAUACAUUAAACGACGCAUUAUACUCAACCGGUAACCGAAGUGUCAACAAUGUUGUAAUAAUUGAAUGGAAGUUUUUUUUUCUGUUUCCUAAAUAAAAACCGACAUCCACCAAGUGUCAUAGAUGAAUAUGGCGCGCCAGGAGAUAAAAAAAAACUAAUGAUAGAAUGGACAAAACUCUGUUUUAGGCUAUUUUAGGGUCACUUUAAAGAAAUUACACAAGCGAAAGGUUUAAACGGUGGCAUACAAACAA